CGUGGCGUGCGAGCGUGUUCCAACCGCGCGAUCUGGCGCGCGCGAGACGCGAUCAUCCUCCACUCUUCGCCUCCACUCUUCGCCGACAGCUGACAGGCUGACUCCGCUUCGUGGCUCCGAGAGUCGAGAGCGAGACUUCGAGGUCUCCGGUCUCACCUCCGAACUCCGAAUACCGACUAUGCCGAGCAUACCGAGUACGCGACAAUGUUAAUACGAGCAGCGUGCGCGACGACUCUGCCCUGACGAAAACAACAAGCGGUGACGGGAACUGGAGGCUGGAGGCUGGAGGAUCGAAAAGAAAAAACAGAAGAAGAUAAAAUUAUAUCAUCUUGUUCAGAGUUCCAGAGUCCAGAUCGCGUCAGCGUCCACCCGUCCACGCCACCCAGCGAGUGUUUUUGCUCCCUAAGCUGUCGCCUGUCACGUUGCGUAUGCUUCAGCAUCAUUGUUCCAAGCAAGAGCCUAAAAGAGCCUAAAAGAGAUGGAGAGGACCGAGGAUGAGGAUGAGAAAGCUGUUCCUUCAUCUAUGACUCAGUGCUACGAAAAUUACAUUAUAGUCGACGUGGGUGCCAAUCUAACGAAUAAAAAGUAUAGUCGGGACUUGGAUAGCGUGAUACAGAGGGCAAAGGACGCUGGAGUGCAGAAGAUCAUGGUGACCGGCGCCAGCAUUCGUUCGAGCAAAGAGGCGCUGAGGCUAACCAGAAUAUAUCCCGGGACGCUUUAUUCGACCGCCGGCGUGCACCCGCACGACGCCAAGUCCUGGGAGGAACCAAACACCCUGCGCGAGUUGGAAAGCAUAGCCAGUAAUCCGGAAUGCGUUGCGAUCGGUGAAUGUGGCUUGGACUACAGCCGCGACUUCUCAGCCCCGGAGGCGCAACGCGCUGUAUUUCACAAGCAGAUAGAAUUAGCCUGUACGUUAACGAAGCCGUUGGUGAUACAUGAAAGAGGCGCGCAGAAAGAUGUGCUGGAGGUUCUCGAACAGUACAAGAACCGUCUGCCGCCCGUUUUGAUUCAUUCCUUCAUCGGCAGCGCGGAAGAGGCACGGAUCUACUUGGAUCGAGGCUUUUAUCUAGGUAUUACCGGCUAUCUGUGCAAGGAUAAAUCCGACAGUGGAGUGAGACAGUUGCUGGAGGGAGGCCAAGCGCCGUUAGAUAAGAUCCUAGUGGAGACCGAUGCGCCAUUUAUGUAUCCAAAUACCAGGGCCAGCAAAUUGCCGGUGCACGUCAAGGAUGCUCUAACCGAACGGUCUAUGACAUUUCUUCAGCGUUACUGCACCUUUCAACGUAACGAGCCGUGUGCCUUGCCAGCGAUCGUGGAAAUGGUAGCGGCCUUUAUGCGAACCACGCCAGAACAAGUCGCCCUGACUACCGCUUUUAACGCUCUAAAAUUAUUCGGUUUGAAUCAAUGAUAAUAAUAUAUUUCGAUAUCAGACGUGUGCAUAAGAUGGGUGCUAAUAGGUGCUAUUGCUAUGUGGCACGUGAAUUAGAUUUUUAAAUAAUAUCCAUAGAGCUUCAUCUGGAGCCAUUACGUACUCGUAUUUACAAACUUUACACGUGUUUCUUUCUCUUUCCUUCUUUUUUCAAUAAACCAAACGAUAGUUUCUACAUUCGUAAUAUUUUAUGUUGGAGAAAUUGAUUUUAUAAUCGACUGCUUGUAGGCUGUUGAAAUUGAUGAGAAUUUGUUGCACGAGUUCGUAGUAAGGACUGAACGAAUGUAUAAACACACACACACACACACACGUGUGGAUGUGCAAAAUAUCUUUAUCAUAUUAAAGUUUCUUUAAUUUUUUAUAUAAAAUGCUGCAUUGUUUGUUCAAACAUACAAACAAUGUUCUCUAUUUUGACAUUUUCUUUCAGUUUCUAAUGACGUACAAUAAUACGUAUACAGAAUGAAACUGCGUUGUGCUGUUUUCGCUCGCUUUCUCAUUUUAAUAUAUAUAUGUAUAUCAUUUAAUCUCAUGGUAAAGUGUAAACUUUACCCCGAUAGAGAUACAAAUCCGCAGAAGGAAGAAAAAUGUGGUCAAAUGGUAAAUAUGGAUAGUAAGAAAGCAGCGUAAUAGGAAAAUCCCGAAAAAACUGAUUUGGUAUAGGAGAAAUCAACUGCAUGUGGGAUAUAAUACACGGAUAGAUGGAGAUCAGACUCAGUAUUAUACAUUCAAUUGUUAAUAUAUUAUAAAUAUUUUUAUAUGAAUAAAUUGUUUUGUAGAUGGAUUA